AUGGUAUCUGAAACGCUUAAACAAAAAGGUGUGAAUAUUGAUACUGUAUCAAAAAGCAAAUUCAACAUUAAUAAGUCGUAUAAAAUUAUCCCUAAGGUCCUGGAUUCUGUUUCCCAAACAUACAAAACAUGUAUCCCCCUUCUGGAGACGGAUUCCCAAGAUUUGGCCACUUCAGUCAUCCCGAAGAGAACUGGUGGAGUUCAAGAACUGGAUAUAGUUCUUUCAUACGUUGUCACAGUGACCAAAGCACAAACAACAUUUGGAGGUCCUCCUCUGACCUGGAUCGGUCCCCAGCCACCUCAGUGUUGUGAAACUAGUAAUGGAUCCAUUGUCGACCCUCAGCCGUGGUUUUGGCUACGUGAAUUUCACCACGAUGGAAGCCGUAGCCGUAUCAAUCGAUUUGGAACUGGAGCUAUGCAGGCCAAUGCAAACGUCCCGAAUUGCCUCUAUAUCGGUAAUAUUCCGAAAAGCAAGGAUAAAGACGACAUUAAGACGCAAUUCAGCAUAGUAUCAGGAGGCAUAGUGAAUGUCAUUUCGGCGGAAACUAAGCCCAACUGGGGAUUUUAUCUUGUGGAAUAUGACUCGAUGCAGUCCGCUGCUUUUGCAAAACAACAGCUAAAUAAUGGCACAAUCAAAGUUUUUGGUUCCGACAUAAUCUUCGAUUGGGCCGAUCCCAAUGAAGCCAAAAUGCACAAGAUCGUUGACGGCGUGGGUUCGCAAGCAGAGCGAAAAACAAAAAUCGAUUCAUCAUCAAAGAUAAAAGUACUCCAUGUCGGAAAUAUUUCAAAAAGAAGCAGCAUGGAACGUAUAAAAGAAUUGUUCGGAGAGCACGGCCCCAUUCAGCUGGUCGAAAAAUUUGAAGACUACGCUUUUGUUCAUUACGAGAACAGGGACGAUGCCGUGAAGGCAGUAGAAGAUCUACAUGGCCGCACAGUCGACGGGGCGAGUUUGACCGUGUCAUUCAAACAAAGGUACUCCAUGUCGGAAACAUUUCGAACAGAAGCAACAUGGAACAUCUAA